CCAUUUCUUUAUCUCCGCCGACCCCAGAAGAAAACCCUAACUGCUGAUUUCAGUAUAUAAGAAACUCAAGCGGCCACGCGGGUUUCUCUUAGUUGCCGCAGCUCUUUCUUCUCCGCCUUUCAGACAGACACAACAACAAUCAUGACCAAGAGAACUAAGAAGGCCGGUAUUGUUGGAAAGUAUGGUACAAGAUAUGGGGCUAGUUUGAGGAAGCAAAUUAAGAAGAUGGAAGUCAGUCAACACAGCAAAUACUUCUGUGAGUUCUGUGGAAAGUAUGCAGUGAAGAGGAAGGCCGUUGGAAUUUGGGGCUGCAAGGACUGCGGGAAAGUCAAAGCUGGAGGUGCUUACACAUUGAACACUGCUAGUGCGGUGACCGUGAGGAGCACCAUUCGGAGGCUGAGAGAGCAAACAGAGAGCUAAGUCUUGUAGUGCUGUUUUAGGAUAUUGGAAUCUAUGUUCUAGUUGAAGACUAGGAUCAUUUUUGCUCAUGAUUAUCAUUUCUAUAUUUGAAGCACUAAAUGUGCAAUGGGGAAUUAUUUGAUCAAAUUUUUUAAUCUUGACGACUUUUUGAUUUUAACCCAUAAUUUUAGGUAAUGGUUAUUAAUUUGAUGAAGUGUGUUUGCUGCCC